AUACGUCGGGCAGACGAGACACAACGUUUUCGUAACGUUUUGCAUGAGUAUAAGAAUUGCCGGCUGUGUAGCAGUGACCAGCAGUUAGGCAACGUAUCCAAAAGUGUAAGCAGUAAAAUAUAGCAGCGAAGCAAAAUAAAUAUCAACCAAUACUUGAGAAUCUGUUCUAACAAAUUAUUUACAGGGAACAUAUUUAAAUUAAUCUUUGAUUGGCAAUCAAAUGUCACAUAGCGAAAAGUAUCCGGAGGAGGUGGUAAUGGUUGAGCCAGAAGCUUGCUGUAGCCACGAACCAGCACCAGAUAGUACGGGCAAAAUGUCCGAUGAGCGUAAAAUGUUACAGAAGGCAAUUAAAAAUGCGUACAAGGCACAAACGCUACUGAAUAAGGCUAUUAAACGCCUCGAGGCUGGAGAGAAAGAGAAAAGAAAGUAUAAGCGGAAUAAGCGCCAUUCGAGUAGUUCGUCGAGUUCCAGCUCAAGUUCAAGUUCCGGCACAAGCUUUAGCUCUAGUUCAAGUUCCAGUGACAGUGACGUGGUUGAUUUGACGAAGCAAGCAGGUGAACCCAAAAAACGGCAUCACGGACGUAAACAUCAUCAUGACCGCCGCAAUCGACGUGGUCGUGAUCGUUCGCGCACGCGUUCACAUUCACGUGGACGCUCUCGCGGUCGCUCUCGUGGUCACUCACGCGGUCACUCACGCGGUCGCUCUCGUGGUCACUCACGCGGUCACUCACGUGGUCGCUCUCGUGAUCACUCACGUGCUGGCUCCCGUGAUCAAUCACGUGGACACUCUCGAGAUCGCUCUCGCGACCGUCAGUUGUGCCAAUUCACGCGGUUUUUUCGUGGCGCCAGCCUCCCAAUGGCUCCCCCCAUUAGACAGUGUCACCACUACCGGCGAUCACAUGCUAGACCUGAAAAUACGUGCUCUUCACAUGUAGAAGGAAAAUGGCAUAGCCGUCGGAGAUCGCGUUCACAUUCCCGUGAGAAUCAUGGCAAACAUGGUCAAAAGAAACAUCACAAAAAUAAGGAUCACAAGAAGGGCAAGGAGCAACGGAAGCAUCGUCAUCACCGUGACAAGGAAAAUGAUGAAAAUGAGCGCCGACAUCAUCACGAAGAUGAACAUCGUAAGCGAGAUCGCUCGCACUCACGCGGCCAUUCACGGGAUCGGCGAUCUUAUCCUUAUUUUAAUAGUACACCUGGAUUUGUCAAUGCUGACGGCUUAUCAGGUGGAUGCCCGUACUUUAAUGCAUUUUCGCAUGUACCACCACCACAUAUGAAAAGUGGGGCAGGGGAUCGCCACAGCAGGGAUCGACAUCGUCAUGGUUUUACACAUGGACCAGCGGACGCUUUCAAUUGGCAUUGGAUGUCGCCAAUAUACUGUAGUGAAAAGCGAGACCAAAGACGCAGAGCACAUAGUGUGCCAGGACAUUAAUAGAAGAAGACGUCUACUUGCUUUUAUGUUUAGUAUUAUUUAUAUACAUAUGUCUACAUACAUACACAUAUACAUAUAUUAGGUUGAAGCAUUUAAAAGGCUACAACUGACAAAUUAAAAACUAAAGAAUGAAAAUUUACUGAAAAUCCACAACAAAAAUAUACAAAAAUCGAACAAAUUAAAAAA